AUGAUCAAAGCCGUUGCUGGUAAGUUUGCGUAUGCUUCUGUUGAGACAUUUCAAAAACUGAAAUUAUAUUUUGUCCAAGCCAGCGAUGAGCAUAUCCGUCUCUGGUCUAUACAGUACGCCGGCAAUGGCAUUUUUAAUUUCAAUAGAGAAAAUAAAGGCACAGUAACAGAGGAGACACAUCAAGUUCAGCAUAUGAUUCCUCUGUUGCUUGAUUUCUUUUAUGAUUUGAGGGUAGACACUUUUAUUUCGCUGGGCGAAGCAGCAAAAACAAUAGAAGAAUUGAAAGUUGAAGAUGAAGCAGCCAAAAAGGUCAAAGGAGAAAGCAGUAGUCAAGAAAUGUUACUGUAUGGCAUCAUUUGCCCUGAAGUUUUCCGUCUUUCGUAUCAUUUGCAAGGGAAAGCGUUUGAAAGACAAUCCUUCGUAAGCUUACCAGAGAGUGAUUAA